GAUACCGAAAAAGAGGGAGGCUGCGCUUGCCUAGUUGCCCAAGUCAGCAGAUUCUGUUCUCCCUCCUUAGGAGACUACCUGGGAGGGGAGGCAUACUGGGCUGGGGGCCUGCACCUCUACACCCCACUGCCCUUCCGGCCAGGCCAGGGUGGCUUCGGAGAACUUUUCAGAACCCACUUUUUCCUCAAUGCGGGCAACUUGUGCAACCUCAACUAUGGUGAGGGCCCCAAAGCCCACAUCCGGAAGCUGGCUGAAUGCAUCCGCUGGUCCUAUGGAGCAGGCAUCGUCCUCCGGCUUGGCAACAUCGCUCGGUUGGAGCUGAACUACUGCAUUCCUAUGGGCGUACAGCGAGGUGACAGGAUCUGUGAUGGCGUCCAGUUUGGAGCUGGGAUUCGAUUCCUGUAACUUAAGUUACAACCCCAGGUCAGCUUGGAUGUGCAGCGAGAAUCUCCCAGGCCACAGGCCUGUUUGGAGGUGACACAGUUGAGUGCUUCUGGAUCAUAAUCCUUAUGGGAAAUCAGGUCAAUAAAUUUGAAACACUCAACUGUG